AUGUCUCUAGCAUACAACAGUCCGGAAAAAUACAAGUACAAGGUGGAGAUCCAGCAGAUGAUGUUUGUGUCGGGGGAGACGAACGACCCUCCGGUAGAGACGACGUGUCUCAUUGAGGACAUACUCCGCGGCCAGGUGGUGGAACUUCUUCUUCAGGCGUCACGUAACUCGCAGAACCGUGGCUCCAAAAAUGUGACCGCAGAAGAUAUCAUCUUUCUCAUCCGGCACGAUAAGGCAAAGGUUAACCGCUUGCGGACAUAUCUCUCGUGGAAGGACGUGCGGAAAAAUGCCAAGGACCAGGAAAGUGGCGGAUUAGAGAACACAGACCAGUUACUCGAGGAUGAGGCUUCGGCUCAGGCGAACAAUGCGGGCAAGGGGCCAGCAGCAAACUCACAGUCGGUGAUCAACAAAAACAUGAGCAAAAAGUCGAAAAUUAGACUUCCAUGGGAGUUACAGUUCAUGUUUUCUGAGCAGCCAUUGGAUACGGCUGCAGACGAGGACCAGGUUGACGAGGACGAAAAGGAGGCCAUUGUGGCGUCGAUGAAGCGGUUGAAGGCGGCAGAUGACAGAACUCGAAACAUGACGAAGGAAGAGUAUGUUCACUGGUCUGAGUGCAGACAGUCGUCGUUCACAUUCCGCAAGGCUAAGCGGUUCAGGGAGUGGUGUGGGAUUGGCGUUUUGAUGGACGGAAAGCCCCAUGACGAUGUGAUAGAUACGCUUGGGUUCUUGACCUUUGAGAUGGUGUGCUCUAUUACCGAAGAGGCUUUAAAAGUGAAGUUGGCACAAGAGAGUUACUCAAAGAACCACACCGAGGAGAAGGGAGGGAAGGAAAAGCGGAGACAUUAUUUGUUUGAUGCGCCGGAUGAGAUGGCAAAGCCGAUAGUGGCGAAGCAUAUUGAGGAGGCGUGGAGAAGGUUGCAGACAGUGGCGAUCAAGAGGCGGGCGAUUAGAAGCUUCAGAGGGGGGAGAGUCAUGUCGAGAACCCAGCUUGUUUAG